GGCUUGGGAGUGGCCUGCACCCCUGGUGGGCAACUGUGCCCUGGGCUCCUUCCUGACCCCAUCAGGCCACCAUAGGGCUGUGGAGGUGUGGUUUUGACUUCUGACCUGUCAGGGUUUAAAGCCAGAGUUGCCAGCUUCACUGAAUGCUUCUUUUGUCCUGAGAAAGUUGGGUCCUACAGCUGCAUUGACCAUCAUCAACUUUGCCUAGGGAGCUAGACGAGAAGCCAAGUAACCAGGAAUCAUGUCGGUGAAGCUAACUUUUGUUUCUCCUGCUGAUGGAGGAAGAAUCAGUAGGAGCUGCUCAUUUGCCGGAUUCAGCACUGCACACAACCGAAAAUUAGCAAAGUCUCUUGGCAAAAGUUCAACAAGAUCCAAAAUGUCCGUAAAAUCAGCCAAGAUGUAUUCUUCCCUUCAGAAAGGGGCAGUCCUUUGGGAUCCGAAGCCGGACCAAGUUAAGAAAGUCUUUGAAGCAUUAAAGAAAGGGCUCAACGAAUAUCUGGAAAUGCAUCAGGCAGAGUUGGAUUAUCUGUCAGGGUGCCACAAAGACACAAGAAGGAACUCCAGGCUGGCUUUCUACUAUGAUUUGGAUAAGCAAAUCCGCUCUGUCGAAAGGUACAUCAGAAAACUGGAAUUUCAUAUAAGCAAGGUAGAAGAACUAUAUGAAGCCUACAGCAUCCAGUGCAAACUACGAGAUGGUGCUUCGAAUAUGAAACUUGCUUUUUCCUUGUUCCCUUCCACGAAAGCAUCCAGGGAGAGCCUAGUGGAACUUUAUAAGAACCUCCAAGAAUGUACAGAGGAUAUGUGUCUAAUUGAGGGGGCACUUGAAGUACACUUGGGAGAAUUUCACUUGAAGAUGAAAGGGUUGGUGGGUUAUGCACGUCUCUGCCCGGGAGACCAAUAUGAGGUGUUCAUACGGCUGGGACGGCAGAAGUGGAAACUGAAAGGGAAGAUCGAGACAGACGACAGUCAAACGUGGGAUGAGGAAGAGAAGGUUUUUAUACCCAACCUCCAUGAGAAAUUUGAAAUCAAGGUUACUGAGCUUCGAGGACUGAGUACGCUGUUGGUAGGCAUGGUGAAAUGUGACAGCAUAGACUUCUUUAUCACCAGGCCUCAGACCAUCAUUGUGGAUGUCACUGAACUAGGGACCAUCAAGCUUCAACUGGAGGUGCUUUGGAACCCUUUUGACACAGAGAACCUAAUUUUGUCUCCUGGAUCCACCUCCAAGUUUUCUGUGGGGAGCAGAAAGAACUCCAUAUACAGCUGGACUCCACCAAACACUCCCAGCUUCCGAGAGAAAUACUACCUUUCUGUUUUACAGCAGGGGAAAAAACAGGUAGACAUUGGGGACGAGACCCAAGAUCCCUGUAUCCUGAGCUACUUGGCCGACUGUGAUUUUAACAUGCAUUUGAGGAACACAAGCCACAGCUUCACUGAGACCCCUGAAGGUAGCUCCUUCAGCUCUGAGGACCAGAAAAGCUCAGAGAGCAGAAACGUAACUCCACCUUCAAAUCAAAGGACCUUGUCAUUGACUAUCCUAAGGGACACUUGUGUGGAAAGAGAGCAACGGGAUGGUUUGCGGUGCCAGCCUUUCAGCCGUAGGACGCUGGACAUCCUACAGGAAACGCCUCAUGCUGACUCUGCUCUAACUAUUCCACCCUGUCCUCUGGAUCAGGAGAAGGGUGAGAGCCAAUCCUUCACCUUCAAGUGGGGCCACCCAUCAGCACAAAAAGGACAAGCCCUCUUUGCUGGACAAAGAGGUCUGAAAGACAGUAUUGAUACCAGCCCAGAUGGUGGAAGCAUCAGAUCAAUUGAGAAAACUGUGCAGGCAUUAUUACAUUUGCUGAAAUCAAGGCAUCCUGGUCCCACAGAACUGGAUGAAUUAGAAUACCAGGUUUUCUGUAUUCAGGACAAAUUAAAGCCAAAAAAGUACUAUCCGAAACAUUCCUCAGUGGAGAGCUUGAUGGUGGAGACUGUGCUGGAAAGUUUUGAUUUUCUCAAUGCUGACUGCAGUGCGGAUGAGUUAUCAUCCUUGGGGAGCAUCAGGACCCGCAGUGUCAGCACCAGCACGUACAACGAUGGCACAUUUCAUUCCCUGGGCUAUGAUGCUAAAGCAGGAAAUGAAGAGUUAACCACAGGGAGUGAUGACCUAGACGCACUUCUGAAUGUUCAUCUGCAGUUCUGCAAAGCUCUUCUACAGAAACUCAUUGCACCAAACUUAGCUCCGAUUGUCCAGAAGAGCCUUUUGGAAGAGGUGUCACGACAGAAAUGUGUGCUGGAAAUUGUCUCGGCGCUGGCUGCUCCUGUGCCACGGAACUUGACAUCUGUUGAAGAGAUUAUCCAGAAAGCUAAAAAGCAGAAGCAUUGCCUGAAGAUCUGGAGUGAGUGUACUGAGCGGGGAAGCAUCUUGCUGUGCCCAGUGGAGAGAUUUUGGAACCCGCUGAAAUAUAUAUUGAUGUUUAGGACAAAAGAGAAGUAUCCGGGACACCUAGAAAAAGUAUUGCAGAUGUUCCUGGAGCAGAUAGUGGGUGGGAGCCUGUUAUUUCCUCCAGAAGAUCUCCCACCUGACUCUGUGACGUUAUUCCAGUUUUACAGCUACCUAGAGAAACACCGUGUGAGGGAUUUGGAUAAAUAUUUGGCCAGAUUUGCUAAAGAAGUGCUGUUAAUUGAGGACUUGAAGCAUCCCGGGAGGAUGAAGAAAAUAAAGAAACUGAAAGGGAAACGACUGAGGCAGCUGGUGCCCCUGCCACAGACCUUGCAACUACUGGCUCUUCUGCAGCUGGAUGAAAACCAUCGUGUUGGCAAAGCAGCUGUAUCCUGCCUCUUGCGUGCAGCAGCCAACAGGAACUUCAGGGAAAAGGCACUUCUUUUUUACACGGAUGUUUUAAAUAAUGAUGACACAAAAUUACAGCAAGCUGCAUGCCUGGCCCUCAAAAACCUCAGAGGUAUCGAAAGCAUAGAACAAAUUGCCAGCCUAUGCCUGUCCGAGACAGAGGAAGUACGGAACACUGCCAGAGAAACGACUCUCUCAUUCGGUGAAAAAGGACGGCUGGCUUUUGAGAAAAUGGACAAAAUCUGUUGUGAGCUGAGGGAUACUAUGUACCAAGAAGCUGAAAUUGAAAUCACAGUAUUUUAAACAGUAUUCCCUUACCAUUAAGGGAAACUGCACUUGCUUUUACGUGAACCACUCCAGCAUGUGGAAGAGACUGUAUCCACUGUUAAGCUGUCUCAGCUCAGCAUUUAGUACAAGAAACAGAACCGAGUUUCAGGAUUUUAUCACUGCUGGCAAGUGUCAAGAAGAAAAAAAAUCUUGAUCUCCUAUCUAGACAAUUAAAUAGCCACAUUAUCCCUUCUUCAGCUUAGCCACAGAUGUUAAGCCUGCAGUAUGUUUGGCUUAAUAAAAUAGGCUGCUGUGCGUCCAUAUGGAGAAAGGUGGGAUAAAAGUAAGCAGCGUGCAAAAAACACACUGAAGUUCCAUAUGAGAUUUUUUUUCCCUCCAGCGAGGAAAAGGAUAUUCGAGGAGCUUCUGUCAAAGCUGUGAGAUUACAGAUUCUCUCAGCAGUAUCUGGUGCUGCAGCAGGAAAACGUCUGUGUAGAAAACAAGCUGGAGAACUGUCUGAGUGGAAGACUUUUCCUUGGUGGGAAUCUGCUAAUCAGCCCUGACCUGGAUGGCCCAGGAUAGCCCAGUCUUUUCAGGUCUCAGAAGCUGAGCAGGGUUGGCCCUGUUUUGAAUUGGGAUGGCAGAUCACCUAGGAAAGUCUGGGUCACAACACAGAGGAAGGCAAUGGCAAACCCCGCCUCUGGGCUUGAAAACCUUACAAGGUUGACCUAAGUUGACAGUGCCUUGAUGGCAUUGGCACCACCAGUCCCCAGCAGCUGCAAACCAAGACCAGUAUGCACCCUUCUUCAGGCAAAGGAGAGGAAAUAAAUGUAUAGCCUUCAUUUAAUCUUUGGACCAAAACUUGUCAAAUGCCUAUUUCUAAAAGCACAACAGUAAAUUAAUCUGCAACCACUGUUUGGUGCUCUUGCUGCAUUAUGGGAGAAACUUAACACAAACAUGUUGUGAGCCUGAAUAUACAAAGGGAAUCUUGAGAGAUUUGUGGCCCGCUGCCCUAUUAGCAGAAAGAUACAAUGCAUUUCUAAAGGUAGAUGCACCAGUGUCUAAUGCAAGCAAUACACCAUCAACUCCUAUUUGAGGCCCUCAUUCCAGGCUUAAGAAUCUAGAUGUUGUGGAGAACUAUUUUUACAUCUACGGCUGCACUCCUAAGCAGAUUUACUUAAAUAAUGAAAUUCAGUGAGACAUUCAAGUAAACAUGGCUGAGAGAGGGCUGUGGCAUUCACUGCCGUCAUUGGUGUUUUUCUCCAGGGUUGAAUGAGAAAGUUCCAAGUGUGUUCCCAAGUUCCCAUUACUGGAUCACAGCCCUUGGCUUACAGUGUAUAUAUUUUAUACAGUAUUUUGUGCUUUGUACUUUUUCAGUAUUUAUUGCUGGGGUUAGUUUACAUAUUCUGUUUGGGUUUUUUUUAGUUUUAUUAAAGCAUUUGCAACAUAA